AUGCCGCCAACCAUUUCCCCGCUGGCCUGUUGCAUCCCCCGCACGCCCAUCUUACGGGUUUCCCGCAACUUCCAUUCGUACAGAUUGUCCCGGACUUUCUCAUCAUCGUCAUCAUCAUCACCAUCCAGAUCUCCGCUCUGCGUGUCACUACAAGCACCCUCUACGCGACCUACAUCUACGAGCAUCACCAACACAAACCCUCCCACAAUCGAGAAGAUCUCCUAUCUUCGAACCUACCAGAAACGAACCAUGUCUGCUGCUCCCAUUCCCGACCGGUACAAACUCGUCUUCUUCGUCCCGCAUUCCGACCUCGAGGCCUGUAAAGAAGCAGUUUUCGCGACCGGAGCGGGAACUUUCCCUGGGGGCAAGUACAGAAAAUGCUGUUUUCAGAUGCCCGGUCAAGGCCAAUUUCUGCCGUCUGAGGGUGCGAAUCCUGCCAUUGGUGAAGUUGGGACGGUCGAGACGGUCGAGGAGAUGAAGGUGGAGGUGAUGUGUCUGGGACAGUCGGUUAUGCUGCAGGCAGUCGAGGCUUUGAUCAAGGCUCAUCCGUAUGAGGAGGUCGCGUAUGAGGUGUAUAAGAUGGAAAAUGUGUGA